AUGACGGACUUCAUCGCGCCUCGGGUCAGUUCUGACUCGGCAUCUUCGGAGGGAAAGCCCAAGAGCCUCGGCAACUGGACUGAUGGAAAGAACUGCAUAUCUUUUGGUGUCUCCCAUGUUUUCGCUGAAAAGUUCACCAUUGGGAUGCUGAGGAGGAUACCCCAUUUGAUCCGUUGUGCGAAAUUUCCGCUGCUUCGCCCCGGAUGUGUGAGAAUUGCCAAGAAGAGGGCGAAAGAUGCGAACGGAUCCCCCAGGGACGAUGACAAGGACGACGAUGUAUCCUUGGAUGCAUCCAAGUGGCGUGGAGAUAUCCUCGUGAAGCUUUCCGCCGCGCUCAUUGACCUAUGUGUUGCAUUUGACGACCUGCUCGAGACACAUAGUAAGGCUCAUAUGCUAACAUCCGAUGUCUCUGACCAUAUGAUCCGUUCUAAUACCAACUACCGUCCCAAUGCCAAGUACAACAAAGAGCCGCAUCAUCAGUAUGCCUUCCGUGCCACGGAGCAUCUCCGCCUCGGUAUGGAUGAAGAAGCAUCCGUAAACUGGGCCAUCGCGAUUUGUGUGUUCUAUCAAGCCGUCCGGGCCACGGUAGAAACUUAUAUCAGAACCACUCCGCCCUAUUUCAAAUCCACAGAUGUCGAGUACCUCCAAGAGUUUCCUCUGGACAUCCCUCAGCUUUGA